AGAUUGAAUGGUUGGAAAAGGUGAAGGGUGUCCUUGCAAACGUCAAAUUCCAAUUUGAAAAGAAAAUGAUGCUUCCCUUUUUCUCCUCUCUUUCUUCUUAUUUAUAUUAUAAUAUUCUCUAAUCAUUCCCCUCCCUCUCUCUCGCAAACACAAACACAAAGGCACUAUCGCUUUCUUCUUAUACGCUUCAGAUUUCUCCGAAUAUCCCUUCCAAUUCCUAUAAAAUACCCUUUAUCCGUUGAUUGUUGUCCCAGUAAUGGAGAAUUCAAAAAGCAACAACAACGACACUAAUAAUAAUAAUGAAGCAUCAGCAGCCAAAACAACAAGCCCUAUUGCGGCUAAUGACAACAACAAUGAGCAAAGAGGAAACCCUAAUGGGUCAGACAGUAGUGUGCAAAUUAAUGGAAAUGGGGAAUUGGAUGAUAGCAACACUUGUAGUAAUGAAGGCGGAGCUACUCGGAGAACUCGUUUCACCGAGCUUAGUCAGGUCGAGGCUGAUCUUGCUCUCGCCCGCACCUUGCAAGAACAGGAAAGGGCUUAUAUGAUGCUUAGUAUGAACGAUGAGGGGAUUGAUUAUGGGAGUUGGGAUGCUGGGAGCUAUGGCCAUGAUGAGGAUGAUGAUGAAGAUUUUGAUGAUCCAAGCGAAGAAGAAGAUGAUGGUAGUAAUGUGGAUGAAGAUGCUUUUGAUGUGCAUGCUCAUGAUGAAGCUAGUGAGGAUGAGAACCAAGGGGUUGAGUUAGACCCAUCGGCUUUUUCUAGUGAUGAGGCCUAUGCCAGAGCACUGCAAGAUACUGAAGAGAGAGAAGUGGCAGCUAGAUUAUUGGCCCUUGCUGGGAUAAAUGAAAUGUAUGUUAGACAACCGCAAGAUGAAGAGGAUCGUGGUAUUAAUUCCCAGGAUGCAUGGGAGGACGUUGAUCCCGAUGAGCUUUCUUAUGAGGAACUUAUAGCACUGGGUGAAGUUGUUGGAACUGAGAGCAGGGGGCUUUCUGCUGAUACAGUUGCCUCUCUGCCUUCAGUGAACUACAAGACACAAACUGCGUCAGAAGGGACUACUGAUUCGUGUGUUAUAUGUAGAUCGGAUUAUGAAGAUGGUCAAAAAUUGACUGUGCUGUCCUGCAAACAUACUUAUCAUUCUGAAUGUCUGAACAAAUGGUUACAAAUAAACAAGGUUUGUCCUAUAUGUAGCACUGAGGUCUCCACCUCUGGAAACAGCUAGUUACAGAAAUCGAAGUGUGUGUUCAAUGCAAAUUAUUGAUAGUAAUACAGAGACCAAUCUCUCUGCUUGUUUGACCAUUCUUGGUUCACUCUGGCUGGCUUCCUUUGUUCUGUUUAUCAUAUAAUAUCAUGAAUGUACCAAGUUCUAAUAA